UUAACGUUUUUUUCACAAAAAUACAUUUAGCAAACAUUUACGCUCAAAAACUCUGUUCGAGAAUUGAGGGGGGAGAGAGGGAGAGGGUGAUGAUUUGGAGUUGCUCAUCCGCCAUGGAUAUGGUGGCUUGGAGAGGGCUGAUAUAUACUGGGUUCUUACUGCAUUUCGUGUUCGUCUGCCAGCUCCUCCUUCUGCAACCUCUGGUUUCAGCUCUGGAUGGAAAACCUGGUAAUACGGCUGAGUUGCUUGAGAGGGUUUCACAGAGUAUAAAGGUGAAGCGUUAUAGCGAGGCACUUAAUGAUCUUAAUGCUGCUAUAGAGGCAGACCCAGCACUUUCAGAAGCAUAUUAUCAUCGGGCAUCCGUUCUUCGUCAAAUAUGCAGAUAUGAGGAAUCAGAGAAGAGCUACAAAAAGUUUUUGGAGCUAAAACCACGAGAGUCGGUUGCAGAAAAGGAGCUUUCUCAAUUGAUUCAGGCUCAGAAUGCUCUAGAUACGGCUAUGACUCUCUUUGAAUCAGGCAACUAUGCAAAAUCUUCGGAAUAUGUUGAAAAAGUAGUACUGGUUUUCUCUCCUGCAUGCUCAAAGGCCAAAUUGCUGAAGGUGAGAUUGUUGUUAGCAACUAAAGACUAUUCUAGUGUCAUUUCUGAGGCUGCUUACAUUCUCAAAGAAGAUGAGGAUAAUUUGGAGGCAUUAUUACUCCGGGGCCGUGCCUACUACUAUUUAGCUGAUCAUGAUGUUGCUCAAAGGCAUUACCAAAAGGGUCUCCGCCUAGAUCCAGAGCAUAGUGAACUGAAGAAAGCGUAUUUUGGACUGAACUUACUCAAGAAGACUAAAAGUGCCGAAGAUAAUGUAAAUAAGGGCAAGCUGCGUGUUGCAGUAGAGGACUUCAAGGCAGCCCUAGCGUUGGACCCUAAUCAUCUUGCACAUAAUGUACAUCUUCAUCUUGGCUUGUGUAAAGCUUUGGUCAAGCUUGGGAGGGGAAAGGAUGCUUUAAGCAGUUGCAAUGAAGCACUUACAAUUGAUGAGGAGCUUCUAGAAGCUUUAGUUCAGAGGGGUGAAGCUAAACUUCUGACAGAGGAUUGGGAUGGAGCUGUGGAAGAUCUCAAAUCAGCAGCUCAACAAUCGCCUCAGGAUAUGAAUAUUCGAGAAGCAUUGAUGAGAGCCGAGAAAGCCUUAAAGAUGAGCAAGCGCAAAGACUGGUACAAGAUUUUGGGAGUAUCAAAAACUGCAUCCAUAUCUGAGAUUAAACGUGCCUACAAGAAGCUUGCUUUACAGUGGCAUCCGGAUAAAAAUGUUGAGAACAGACAAGAAGCAGAGGACAAGUUCAGAGAAAUUGCUGCUGCAUACGAGGUUCUCGGCGACGAAGACAAACGUACGAGGUAUGAUAGAGGUGAAGAUAUUGAAGAAAUGGGAAUGGGUGGUGGUGGCGGUGGUUUCAACCCUUUUGGUGGUGGUGGCGGUGGUGGUGGUGGUGGACGGCAAUUUACAUUCACCUUCGAAGGGGGGUUUCCUGGCGGUGGCGGUGGCGGUGGUGGAUUUGGAGGAGGCUUUCCUGGUGGAUUUGACUUCCAGUUUUGAUUAUCCCUAAACGACUGUGCCAUUCGAAGGGAGCCCCCAGAGCAGUUUUACUAAUUGCUGACAGAUUCUCGGUGAGAUAUACUGCGGCCACCCCAAAAAAGUUUGAUAGGUUUUACAUGGAUUUUUCGCGGGAGCCUUGUGCACUGGGUACGACCUUUUUGAGAGUUGCUACGCGGAAAUGUCAAGAGUUUAGAACUUGUAUUAACGAAAUUUGAUGAGACCAUUUCUGUAUAUGUUGCCUUGUACGCUUUCGAUAAUGGUUUCUCAUCAGACUUUGCAUGGUUCUUGUUAGAAGGUGAGGGUGAAUCUUUUUAGUGAAAUUUUUUAUUCACAAGAAAUAUGUUCGUUGAUUAAACUGUAUUAUCAGGUAUAUGUAAGGUAUAUUUAGUUCAAACUACAACAAUUCGUCUUA